AUGGCCGGCGUAGUCCGCUGUCCUUCCCGGAGACGUCCUUCCUGGAUCCUUCCGCGGCCCUUCCCGGAGACGUCCUUUCGCGGCCCUUCCCGGAACCGUCCUUCCUGGAUCCUUCCGCGGCCCUUCCCGGAGACCUCCUUCCUGGUUGAUCCUUCCGCGGCCCUUCCCGGAGACGUCCUUCGUGGAUCCUCCCACGGCCCUUACCGGAGACGUCCUUCCUGGAUCCUUCCGCGGCCCUUCCCGGAGACCUCCUUCCUGGAUCCUUCCGCGGCCCUUCCCGGAGACGUCCUUCCUGGAUCCUUCCGCGGCCCUUCCCGGAGACGUCCUUCCUGGAUCCUUCCGCGGCCCUUCCCGGAGACGUCCUUCCUGGAUCCUUCCGCGGCCCUUCCCGGAGACCUCCUUCCUGGAUCCUUCCGCGGCCCUUCUCGGAGACGUCCUUCCUGGAUCCUUUCACGGCCCUUCUCGGAGACGUCCUUCCUGGAUCCUCUCGCGGCCCUUCCCGGAGACUUCCUUCCGCGGCCCUUCCCGCUGACGUCCUUCCUGGAUCCUUCCGCAGACCCUUCCCGGAGACGUCCUUCCUGGAUCCUUCCGCGGCCCUUCCCGGAGACGUCCUUCCUGGAUGCUUCCGCAGACCCUUCCCGGAGACGUCCUUCCUGGAUCCUCCCACGGCCCUUACCGGAGACGUCCUUCCUGGAUCCUUCCCCGGCCCUUCCCGGAGACCUCCUUCCUGGAUCCUUCCGCGGCCCUUCCCGGAGACCUCCUUCCUGGAUCCUCCCGCGGCCCUUUCCGGAGACGUCCUUCCUGGAUCGUCCCGUGAACCCGUGCUGCGGGCGGGUCGAGAUUUCUCCGGGUGUCACCGUAUGUGCAGAACUGUAA